CCUGCGCGGCUUGAAAUGCGGGCGGCGCGAGCGCGCGGGACACUGCGGACGCCACGGCACGGGCAGGUGCGGCAGGUGCGGCAGGUGCGGCAGGACAGAGGUGGACCUCAGCAGGCUCUGCAUAACCAGCUAUAUGUGAUGAGCAGCUUUCACCUCCCGGGCACCAACAGCACGGAGCAGGCCAGCGUCCCCAGAGCCAUGGCAGCCACGCUGGGAGCCGGCACAGCCCCCAGGGCCCAGGCCAGGAGCAUAGCUGGGGUGUAUGUGGAGGCCUCGGGCCAGGCCCAGGGCGUCUACACUGCCAUGGAGCAGGGUCUUCUGCCCGCUGGGCUUGGGCUGGCUCUGCUAGAGGCCCAGGCAGCCACUGGGGGCCUGGUGGAUCCUGCCCAGGGCCAGCUGCUCCCUGUGUCUGAGGCCCUGAAGCAGCGCCUGGUGGGGCUGGAGCUGAAGGAGAAGCUGCUGGCCGCUGAGCGUGCUGCUACAGGCUACCCUGAUCCCUACGGGGGUGAGAAGCUGCCCCUGUUUCAGGCCAUCGGGAAGGAGGUUGUGGACAGGGCCCUGGGCCAGAGCUGGCUGGAGGCCCAGCUGGCCACUGGUGGCCUGGUGGACCCUGCCCAUGGCGUACGUGUGGCCCCUGAGCAAGCCUGCCAGCAGGGCCUCCUGGACCAGGAGACGUGGCACAAGCUGUCAGAGCUUGAGCCUGGCACAGGCAUCCUGCACUUCCUCGACCCCAACACGCUGGAGCGGCUGACGUACCACCAGCUGCUGGCAAGGUGUGUACGGGCCCCCGGCUCGGGGCUGGCCUUGCUGCCUCUCAAGAUCACCUUCCGCUCUGUGGGCGGGGCCGUGAGUGCAGCCGAGCUGCUGGAGGUGGGCAUCCUGGAUGAGGAGGCUGUGCAGGGUCUGCAGGAGGGCAGGCUGGCUGCAGCGGACGUGAGCGCACGGGCCGAGGUGCGGCGCUACCUGGAGGGUACCGGCAGCGUGGCCGGGGUCGUCCUGCUGCCCGAAGGCCACAAGAAGAGCUUCUUCCAGGCUGCCGCCGAGCACCUGCUCCCGAUGGGCACCGCGCUGCCACUCCUAGAGGCCCAGGCCGCCACCCACACCCUAGUGGACCCCACCACAGGCCAGCGGCUGUGGGUGGAUGAGGCAGUCAGGGCAGGCCUGGUCGGCCCAGAGCUCUACGAGCAGCUCCUGGUGGCUGAGCAGGCUGUGACAGGGUACCACGACCCCUUCAGUGGCUCCCAAAUCCCCCUCUUCCAGGCCAUGAAGAAGGGGCUGGUGGACAGCCCACUGGCGCUGCGGCUCCUGGAUGCCCAGCUGACCACGGGAGGGCUGGUCUGUCCAGUGCGCAGGCUCCGGCUGCCGCUGGAGGCCGCUCUGCAGUACGGCUGCCUGGAUGAAGACACUCAGCAACAGCUCUCGGGAGCCGGUGGCUUCUCAGACCCCGGCACACAUGGCGGCCUGCGCUAUGAGCAGCUGCUGACCCGCUGUGUCACCGACCCCGACACUGGUCUUGCUUUCCUGCCGCUCUCCGGGGGGCCCAGGGAACGGGAGCCCCAGGGACCCCCAUUCAUCACACACAGUACUCGGCAGGCCCUGAGUUCAGCCACAACCACCAUCUCCGUGGGGAAGUUCCGGGGCCGGCCCGUGUCCCUCUGGGAGCUGCUCUUCUCUGAGGCCAUCUCUGCAGAGCGGAGGGCGAUGCUGGCCCAGCAGCACCAGGAAGGGACCCUCUCUGUGGAGGAGCUGGCUGCUGAGCUGAGUGCCACCCUCGAGCAGGCUGCAGCCACUGCCAGGGUCACCUUUUCUGGGCUGAGGGACACCGUGACACCAGGAGAGCUGCUCGAAGCUGAGAUCAUCGACCAGGACCUGUAUGAGCAGCUGGAACACGGGCAGGCCUCGGCCCAGGACGUGAGCAGCCUGGCCUCCGUGCAGAGGUACCUGCAGGGCACCGGCUGCAUCGCUGGCCUGCUGCUGCCCGGCUCCCAGGAGCGCCUGAGCAUCUAUGAGGCCCGACGCAAGGGGCUCCUGCGACCCGGCACCGCCCUCAUCCUCCUGGAGGCGCAGGCCGCCACCGGCUUCAUCAUCGACCCGAAAGAAAAUAAGGCGCAUUCUGUGGAGGAGGCGCUGAGGGCCGGUGUCAUCGGGCCCGAUGUGUACGCGAAGCUGCUGUCGGCCGAGCGCGCCGUCACCGGCUACACCGACCCCUACACCGGGCAGCCCAUCUCCCUCUUCCAGGCCAUGCAGAAGGGCCUCAUUGUGCGGGAGCACGGCAUCCGCCUGCUGGAGGCCCAGAUCGCCACGGGCGGCGUCAUCGACCCCGUGCACAGCCACCGCGUGCCCGUGGACGUGGCCUACCGGCGUGGCUACUUUGAUCGGAUGCUGAACAUGAUCCUGUUGGACCCCUCUGACGACACCAAGGGCUUCUUCGACCCCAACACACACGAGAAUCUCACGUACCUGCAGCUGCUGGAGCGCUGCGUGGAGGACCCCGAGACGGGCCUGUACCUCCUGCCACUCGGCAGCACACAGUGCCCGCUGGUGGACGGUGCCACCCGGCAGGCCUUCCAGAACCUGCUGCUCUCCGUGAAGUACGGGCGGUUUCAGGGGCAGAGGGUCUCCGCGUGGGAGCUGAUCAACUCUGAGUACUUCAGCGAGACCCGCAGGAGGCAGCUGCUGCAUCGCUACCGGCGGCGUGAGGUCACGCUGGGGCAGGUGGCCCAGCUGCUGGAGGCUGAGACGCAGAGGCAGGCGGACGUCACACUGCCUGCACUGCGGGGCCGGGUCACUGCCCACCAGCUCCUGGAGGCGCGUAUCAUCGACCAGCAGCUGCUGGACCAAGUGCUGGCUGGGACGGUCAGCCCUGAGGCCCUCCUCCUCAUGGAUAGCGUCCGCAGGUACCUGUGCGGCCUGGGAGCUGUGGGCGGCGUGAGGCUGCUGCCCUCUGGCCAGCAGCUUAGCCUCUACCAGGCCAUGAGGCGGAAGCUGCUGGGGCCCAGUGUGGCCCUGGCUCUGCUGGAGGCCCAGGCAGCCACCGGAGCCAUCGUGGACCCUCAUGGCCUGGAGAGCCUCUCAGUGGAUGAGGCUGUGCGCAGGGGUGUGGUGGGGCCAGAGCUGUAUGGCCGGCUGAAGCGGGCUGAGGGUGCCAUCACUGGCUUCAGAGACCCCUUCUCUGGGAAGCAGGUGUCCCUGUUCCAGGCCAUGAAGAAAGGUCUCAUCCCUUGGGACCAAACUGCCCGCCUCCUGGAGGCUCAGGUGGCCACAGGAGGGGUCAUCGACCCCACGGGCCACCACCGCCUCCCCAUGCCAGUGGCCAUUCAGCGUGGCUUUGUCGACCAGGAGAUGGAGACGGCCUUGUCCAGCUCCUCCGAGACCUUCCCCACACCAGAUGGCCAGGGGCACACCAGCUACGCCCGGCUCCUGGAGCAGUGCCCCAGGGAUGAGACUUCUGGCUUUCACCUCCUGCCCUUGCCAGAGAGUGCUCCUGCCCUCCCUACUGAGGAGCAGGUCCAGAGAAGCCUGCAGGCCGUGCCGGGCAGCAAGGACGGCCCGUCCCUCUGGGACCUGCUCAGCUCCUGCCUCUUCACCGAGGAGCAGCGGAGAGCUCUGCUGGAGGACGUGCAGGAAGGGAGGACAGCUGUGCCAGAGCUGCUCGCCUCUGUGCAGGAGACCAAGCUCCGGGCCCAGGCCCACGUCACGGUGCCAGGCCCGCGGGGUGAGGUCCCUGCCGUCUGGCUGCGGGAUGCUGCCAUCAUCACCCAGGAGACCCUUAAGGCCUUGGCUGAGGGCAAGCAGUCACCCACCCAGGUCGCUGAGCAGCCGGCGGUGAAGGCCUGCCUGUGGGGCACGGGCUGCGUGGCUGGUGUACUGCUGCAGCCCUCCGGGGCCAAGGCCAGCAUCUCCCAGGCCACGAGGGAUGGCCUACUGCCUGCAGGCCUGGGCCAGAGGCUGCUGGAAGCCCAGGUGGCGUCUGGCUCCCUUGUCGACCCCCUGACCAACCAGAGACUGUCAGUGGAGGAUGCAAUUAAGGUCGGCCUGGUGGGCAGGGAGCUGAGUGAGCAGCUGGGGCAGGCCGAGAGGGCAGUGGCCGGGUACCCGGAUCCCUACUCUGGGGGCUCCCUCUCGCUGUGGCAGGCAAUGGAGAAGGGGCUUGUGCCGCAGAAGGAGGGCUUCCCCCUCCUGCAGGUGCAGCUGGCCACGGGGGGCGUGGUGGACCCUGCCCAUGGGGUGCACCUGCCCCAGGCGGCGGCCUGCAGACUUGGCCUUCUGGACACGCAGACAAGCCGAGCGCUGACUGCGGCUGACGAGGACAACAAGUUCUUCUUUGACCCCAGUGCAAAGGACCAGGUGACCUACCAGGAGCUCAGGGAGCGCUGCGUGCAGGACGCUGAGACCGGCCUGUUGCUGCUGCCCCUGCCCUCGGACACAGCGCUGGAGGUGGAUGAGCACACUGCAGUGGCUCUGAGGGCCAUGAAGGUGCCUGUCAGCACGGGGAGGCUUCAGGGCUGUAGCGUGUCACUCUGGGACCUGCUGCGCUCCGAGUACGUUGGCGCUGACAAGCGGCAGGAGCUGGUGGCACUCUGCCGGUCUGGGAGGGCUGCGGCCCUACGGCAGGUGGUCAGUGCAGUCACUGCCCUGGUGGAGGCAGCGGAGAGGCAGCCCCUGCAGGCCACUUUCAGAGGCCUCCGGAAGCAGGUGUCAGCCAGGGACCUGUUCAGGGCUCAGCUGAUCAGCAAGAAGACGCUGGACGAGCUGAGCCAGGGGGCGACGACUGUGACGGAGGUGGCAGAGAUGGACAGCGUGAGGCGGUCCCUGGAGGGCGGCAACUUCAUUGCCGGGGUCCUUGUCCAGGGCACCCAGGAAAGGAUGAGCAUCCCAGAAGCCCUGAGGAGGCACAUCCUGCGGCCUGGCACGGCCCUGGUGCUGCUGGAGGCGCAGGCGGCCACCGGCUUCAUCAUCGACCCCGUGGAGAACCAGAAGCUGACCGUGGAGGAGGCGUUCAAGGCAGGGAUGUUCGGCAAAGAAACCUAUGUGAAGCUGCUGUCGGCCGAGCGCGCCGUCACCGGCUACACCGACCCCUACACCGGGCAGCAGAUCUCCCUCUUCCAGGCCAUGCAGAAGGGCCUCAUCGUGCGGGAGCACGGCAUCCGCCUGCUGGAGGCCCAGAUCGCCACGGGCGGCAUCAUCGACCCCGUGCACAGCCACCGCGUGCCCGUGGACGUGGCCUACCAGCGUGGCUACUUCGACGAGGAGAUGAACCGCGUCCUGGCGGACCCCAGCGAUGACACCAAGGGCUUCUUCGACCCCAACACGCACGAGAACCUCACGUACCUGCAGCUGCUGGAGCGCUGCGUGGAGGACCCCGAGACCGGCCUGUACCUGCUACAGAUUGUGAAGAAGGGCGACACCUACGUGUACAUCGAUGAGGCCACAAGACACGUGCUGCUAUCCAGAACUGCAAAAAUGCGCGUGGGGAGGUUUGCUGACCAGGUGGUCUCUUUCUGGGACCUGUUGUCCUCUCCAUACUUCACAGAGGACAGGAAGCGGGAGCUGAUCCAGGCAUAUGGAACCCAGAGUGGGGGCCUGGAGAAGUUGCUGGAAAUCAUCACCACGACAAUUGAAGAAACAGAGACGCAAAACCAAGGCAUCAAGGUGGCGGCCAUCAGAGGGGAGGUGACAGCUGCAGAGCUGUUCAACUCUGGGAUCAUCGAUGAGAAGACCCUCCACAUGCUUCGUGCAGGGAGGACUGGGGGGCAGGUGCUCAGCACACUGGAGUGCCUGAAGCCCUACCUAGAAGGCAGCGGCUGCAUCGCAGGGGUGACGGUGCCCUCCACCACGGAGGUCGUGAGCCUCCAUGAGGCCAGCAGGAAGGAGCUUAUCCCUGUAGCAUUUGCGACCUGGCUGCUGGAGGCGCAGGCCGCCACUGGUUUCCUUCUGGACCCCUGCACCCACCAGAGGUUCUCUGUAGAUGAGGCCGUGGUUGUGGGCCUGGUGAGCGAGGAGCUACGUGAAAGGCUCCUGAAGGCCGAGAGGGCUGCCACGGGCUACAGGGAUCCGGCCACGGGAGACACCAUCCCGCUGUUCCAGGCCAUGCAGAAGCAGCUCGUCGGGAAGGCAGAGGCGCUGAGGCUGCUGGAGGUGCAGGUGGCCACCGGGGGUGUCAUCGACCCACGGCACCACCACCGGCUCCCAUUGGAAACAGCCUACAGGCGGGGCUGUCUGCACAAGGACAUGUAUGCACUCAUUUCUGACCAGAAGCACAUGAGGAAACGGUUUGUGGACCCGAACACGCAGGAGAAGGUCUCGUACCAAGAGUUGCAGCACAGGUGCCACCGGCAAGAGGCCACUGGCUGGCUACUCUUCCCAGUGGCCAAGGACGCACGGGACUCCCAGUAUGUUGACGACGAGACGCGAAGGGCCCUGGAGGCAGAGCAGGUGGAGAUAACAGUGGGAAGGUUCAGAGGCCAGAAGCCCACACUGUGGACACUGCUGAAUUCGGAAUACGUGACGGAGGAGAAGAAGCUCCAGCUGGUGAGGAUGUACAGACUGGAUACGAGCCGGGCGCUGCAGAAGGUAGCACAGCUGAUCUCAGACACGAUUGAGGAGCAGGAAAAGGGCAGUAAACAACUGUGGUUCCAAGGGAUUAGAGGACAAGUCACAGCCUCGGAACUCCUAAGUUCAGGCAUCAUCACAGAGGAAAUGCUGCAGGACCUGGAAGCCGGGCGGAGCACGGUGCAGCAGCUCAGGAAGGACAAGCACGUCCAGCGCUACCUGGAGGGCACCAGCUGCAUCGCGGGCGUCCUGGUGCCCACCAAGGACGAGCCGGGCCGCCAGGAGAAGAUGAGCAUCUACCAGGCCAUGUGGAAGGGCGUGCUGCGGCCCGGCACGGCCCUGGUGCUGCUGGAGGCGCAGGCGGCCACCGGCUUCGUCAUCGACCCCGUGCGCAACCUGAGGCUGUCCGUGGAGGAGGCCGUGGCUGCGGGCGUGGUGGGCGGCGAGAUCCAGGAGAAGCUGCUGUCGGCCGAGCGCGCCGUCACCGGCUACACCGACCCCUACACCGGGCAGCAGAUCUCCCUCUUCCAGGCCAUGCAGAAGGACCUCAUCGUGCGGGAGCACGGCAUCCGCCUGCUGGAGGCCCAGAUCGCCACGGGCGGCGUCAUCGACCCCGUGCACAGCCACCGCGUGCCCGUGGACGUGGCCUACCGGCGCGGCUACUUCGAUGAGGAGAUGAACCGUGUCCUGGCGGACCCCAGCGACGACACCAAGGGCUUCUUCGACCCCAACACGCACGAGAACCUCACGUACGUGCAGCUGCUGCGCCGCUGUGUGCGUGACCCGGACACCGGGCUCUACAUGCUGCAGCUGGCCGGCCGGGGCUCCGCCGUGCACCAGCUGAGCGAGGAGCUGCGCCGUGCCCUGCGUGACGCCCGCGUGACGCCGGGCUCGGGCGCCCUCCGGGGCCAGAGCGUCUCCGUCUGGGAGCUCCUCUUCUACCGCGAGGUGUCCGAGGGCCGGCGCCAGGACCUGCUGAGCAGGUACCGGGCGGGCACGCUGACCGUGGAGGAGCUGGGUGCCACCCUCAUUUCGCUGCUGGCACAGGCCGAGGCUGAGGCCGGGGCCGGGCGCCGACAUCCAGACCCCCGGGAGGCCCUGCGCGCGGCCACCAUGGAGGUCAAGGUGGGCCGCCUCCGGGGACACGCGGUGCCCGUGUGGGAUGUGCUGGCGUCCGGCUACGUGAGCGGGGCCACCCGGGAGGAGCUGCUGGCCCAGUUCGGCUCGGGGAGGCUGGCCUUGCCCGCGCUGACCCGCCGGCUGACCACCAUCAUCGAGGAGGCCGAGGAGAUCCCGGGGGGCCGGCAGGAGCUCCAGGAGGCCUCGCGUGACCCUCGGGACCCGGGGCCAGCCGGGCAAGGGGACAGUGACUCGGGGCACUCCCCGGGUGAGGCCGAGGCCACCCACCACCAGGAGCGGAUCCUGCGUGGCGCCACCAUGGAGGUGCAGCACGGGCAGUUCCAGGGGCGGCCGGUCUCCGUGUGGGACGUCCUCUUCUCCUCGUACCUGAGCGAGGCCCGCCGAGACGAGCUCCUGGCCGAGCACGCGGCCAGCACCCUGGGCCUGCCCGACCUGGUCGCCGUCCUCACCCGGAUCAUCGAGGAGACCGAGGAGCGGCUCAGCAAAGUGUCCUUCCGUGGCCUGAGGCGCCAGGUGUCCGCCUCCGAGCUGCACAAGUCCGGGAUCCUGGGCCCCGACACCCUGCGGGCCCUGGCCCAGGGCACUAAGACCCUGCAGGAGGUGACGGAGAUGGACUCGGUCAAGCGCUACCUGGAGGGCAGCAGCUGCAUCGCGGGCGUCCUGGUGCCCGCCAAGGACGAGCCGGGCCGCCAGGAGAAGAUGAGCAUCUACCAGGCCAUGUGGAAGGGCGUGCUGCGGCCCGGCACGGCCCUGGUGCUGCUGGAGGCGCAGGCGGCCACCGGCUUCGUCAUCGACCCCGUGCGCAACCUGAGGCUGUCCGUGGAGGAGGCCGUGGCUGCGGGCGUGGUGGGCGGCGAGAUCCAGGAGAAGCUGCUGUCGGCCGAGCGCGCCGUCACCGGCUACACCGACCCCUACACCGGGCAGCAGAUCUCCCUCUUCCAGGCCAUGCAGAAGGACCUCAUCGUGCGGGAUCACGGCAUCCGCCUGCUGGAGGCCCAGAUCGCCACGGGCGGAGUCAUCGACCCCGUGCACAGCCACCGCGUGCCCGUGGACGUGGCCUACCGGCGCGGCUACUUCGACGAGGAGAUGAACCGUGUUCUGGCGGACCCCAGCGACGACACCAAGAGCUUCUUCGACCCCAACACGCACGAGAACCUCACGUACAUGCAGCUGCUGCGCCGCUGUGUGCGUGACCCGGACACCGGGCUCUACAUGCUGCAGCUGGCCGGCCGGGGCUCCGCCGUGCACCAGCUGAGCGAGGAGCUGCGCCGUGCCCUGCGUGACGCCCGCGUGACGCCGGGCUCGGGCGCCCUCCGGGGCCAGAGCGUCUCCGUCUGGGAGCUCCUCUUCUACCGCGAGGUGUCCGAGGGCCGGCGCCAGGACCUGCUGAGCAGGUACCGGGCGGGCACGCUGACCGUGGAGGAGCUGGGUGCCACCCUCAUUUCGCUGCUGGCACAGGCCGAGGCUGAGGCCGGGGCCGGGCGCCGACAUCCAGACCCCCGGGAGGCCCUGCGCGCGGCCACCAUGGAGGUCAAGGUGGGCCGCCUCCGGGGACACGCGGUGCCCGUGUGGGACGUGCUGGCGUCCGGUUACGUGAGCAGAACCACCCGGGAGGAGCUGCUGGCCCAGUUCGGCUCGGGGAGGCUGGCCUUGCCCGCGCUGACCCGCCGGCUGACCACCAUCAUCGAGGAGGCCGAGGAGAUCCCGGGGGGCCGGCAGGAGCUCCAGGAGGCCUCGCGUGACCCUCGGGACCCGGGGCCAGCCGGGCAAGGGGACAGUGACUCGGGGCACUCCCCGGGUGAGGCCGAGGCCACCCACCACCAGGAGCGGAUCCUGCGUGGCACCACCAUGGAGGUGCAGCACGGGCAGUUCCAGGGGCGGCCGGUCUCCGUGUGGGACGUCCUCUUCUCCUCGUACCUGAGCGAGGCCCGCCGAGACGAGCUCCUGGCCGAGCACGCGGCCAGCACCCUGGGCCUGCCCGACCUGGUCGCCGUCCUCACCCGGAUCAUCGAGGAGACCGAGGAGCGGCUCAGCAAAGUGUCCUUCCGUGGCCUGAGGCGCCAGGUGUCCGCCUCCGAGCUGCACAAGUCCGGGAUCCUGGGCCCCGACACCCUGCGGGCCCUGGCCCAGGGCACUAAGACCCUGCAGGAGGUGACGGAGAUGGACUCGGUCAAGCGCUACCUGGAGGGCAGCAGCUGCAUCGCGGGCGUCCUGGUGCCCGCCAAGGACGAGCCGGGCCGCCAGGAGAAGAUGAGCAUCUACCAGGCCAUGUGGAAGGGCGUGCUGCGGCCCGGCACGGCCCUGGUGCUGCUGGAGGCGCAGGCGGCCACCGGCUUCGUCAUCGAUCCCGUGCGCAACCUGAGGCUGUCCGUGGAGGAGGCCGUGGCCGCGGGCGUGGUGGGCGGCGAGAUCCAGGAGAAGCUGCUGUCGGCCGAGCGCGCCGUCACCGGCUACACCGACCCCUACACCGGGCAGCAGAUCUCCCUCUUCCAGGCCAUGCAGAAGGACCUCAUCGUGCGGGAUCACGGCAUCCGCCUGCUGGAGGCCCAGAUCGCCACGGGCGGAGUCAUCGACCCCGUGCACAGCCACCGCGUGCCCGUGGACGUGGCCUACCGGCGCGGCUACUUCGACGAGGAGAUGAACCGUGUCCUGGCGGACCCCAGCGACGACACCAAGGGCUUCUUCGACCCCAACACGCACGAGAACCUCACGUACGUGCAGCUGCUGCGCCGCUGUGUGCGUGACCCGGACACCGGGCUCUACAUGCUGCAGCUGGCCGGCCGGGGCUCCGCCGUGCACCAGCUGAGCGAGGAGCUGCGCCGUGCCCUGCGUGACGCCCGCGUGACGCCGGGCUCGGGCGCCCUCCGGGGCCAGAGCGUCUCCGUCUGGGAGCUCCUCUUCUACCGCGAGGUGUCCGAGGGCCGGCGCCAGGACCUGCUGAGCAGGUACCGGGCGGGCACGCUGACCGUGGAGGAGCUGGGUGCCACCCUCAUUUCGCUGCUGGCACAGGCCGAGGCUGAGGCCGGGGCCGGGCGCCGACAUCCAGACCCCCGGGAGGCCCUGCGCGCGGCCACCAUGGAGGUCAAGGUGGGCCGCCUCCGGGGACACGCGGUGCCCGUGUGGGACGUGCUGGCGUCCGGCUACGUGAGCGGGGCCACCCGGGAGGAGCUGCUGGCCCAGUUCGGCUCGGGGAGGCUGGCCUUGCCCGCGCUGACCCGCCAACUGACCACCAUCAUCGAGGAGGCCGAGGAGAUCCCGGGGGGCCGGCAGGAGCUCCAGGAGGCCUCGCGUGACCCUCGGGACCCGGGGCCAGCCGGGCAAGGGGACAGUGACUCGGGGCACUCCCCAGGUGAGGCCGAGGCCACCCACCACCAGGAGCGGAUCCUGCGUGGCGCCACCAUGGAGGUGCAGCACGGGCAGUUCCAGGGGCGGCCGGUCUCCGUGUGGGACGUCCUCUUCUCCUCGUACCUGAGCGAGGCCCGCCGAGACGAGCUCCUGGCCCAGCACGCGGCCGGCACCCUGGGCCUGCCCGACCUGGUCGCCGUCCUCACCCGGAUCAUCGAGGAGACCGAGGAGCGGCUCAGCAAAGUGUCCUUCCGCGGCCUGAGGCGCCAGGUGUCCGCCUCCGAGCUGCACAAGUCCGGGAUCCUGGGCCCCGACACCCUGCGGGCCCUGGCCCAGGGCACCAAGACCCUGCAGGAGGUGACGGAGAUGGACUCGGUCAAGCGUUACCUUGAGGGCACCAGCUGCAUCGCGGGGGUCCUGGUGCCCGCCAAGGACGAGCUGGGCCGCCAGGAGAAGAUGAGCAUCUACCAGGCCAUGUGGAAGGGCGUGCUGCGGCCCGGCACGGCCCUGGUGCUGCUGGAGGCGCAGGCGGCCACCGGCUUCGUCAUCGACCCCGUGCGCAACCUGAGGCUGUCCGUGGAGGAGGCCGUGGCUGCGGGCGUGGUGGGCGGCGAGAUCCAGGAGAAGCUGCUGUCGGCCGAGCGCGCCGUCACCGGCUACACCGACCCCUACACCGGGCAGCAGAUCUCCCUCUUCCAGGCCAUGCAGAAGGACCUCAUCGUGCGGGAUCACGGCAUCCGCCUGCUGGAGGCCCAGAUCGCCACGGGCGGAGUCAUCGACCCCGUGCACAGCCACCGCGUGCCCGUGGACGUGGCCUACCGGCGCGGCUACUUCGACGAGGAGAUGAACCGUGUCCUGGCGGACCCCAGUGACGACACCAAGGGCUUCUUCGACCCCAACACGCACGAGAACCUCACGUACCUGCAAUUGCUGCAGAGGGCAACUCUCGACCCUGAGACCGGGCUCCUAUUUCUUUCUGUCUCUCUGCAGUGACUGUGGUCCCCUUAUGAAUAUUCUGCAACUCUCGAGAAGAUGAGGCCUAAUUCUGGUUUUGUGUGUGUUCAUAUUCUUUCAUUUUGAUGUUUUACCCAUCAGCUACCUGUGGAAAGUGUUUCAAGUUAUCAUGUAUUGUCAGUGGAAUUUGUCUUCCUGUGAACAUCUUUCAUAAUUGAUUUCGUGGUUUUUCUGUGGCCCUCUUGCUUUCAGAUGGUUUCACUUUUCACGACUUUUUUUUUUUUCCCCAGAGCAUUUUGGUGUCUGUUUUGGAUUCACUUGCUGCCUUUUUAAGCAAGGUCACUGUAGACUCUCAGUCCAUCAUGUCAACCAGCAGCGCUUUGUCGCCGUGUAAUUUUCAUUAAAUGCACUGAUUUCCCUGAUGUUGCGCCAUUCAUAUUCAUCGUGAAACCCAUUUUUCAUCAGCCCACGUCUCCUACUUCGUGCUCUGGCUCAGUUUGCUUCCUCCAGUGCCUUCCUGCUCCCUGCUGUGCUGGCCAAGAGCAGGGGCUGGAUUCCAUCUCCUGGCUGCUGCUUCACCUUAUAGUGUGACCUCACCAGCGUUUACCGAGCGACUCUGCUGUGGAGAAAUACCUGUGGUGACAGUUUACAAAGAAAAGUGCUGGACGAGUAAAAUAUGAAUGAAACUCUUUUUUUUGAUUUCAGGUUUUUGAAGGUUCAAUCACCAAUGUUUAUACCCUGAAUACAGAGAUAGAUAGUAGAUUAAACAAGUGAAGGAAGCCAUCCAAACCCCAGGGUUCCUAGAGCCCUAUCUCAGAAUCGUAUCCUAGGCUGCAGUGAAGUCAUGCUCAGAGAUUCCCGGGAGAGCGUGAACUCCCGUUGUUAACAGAAGAGUGGCAGUUGGAGCAGGUGACAAAGAAGCUGCACCAGUCCCCCUUCAUUCACUCCACACAUGGGUUGCCUGCGGCAUCUGGGCGGCUCGCUCUCCAACGGUAGCAGCGAGAACCCAGGUGUGCUGCCCAGUGGCUGUGUGUGGCUGGCUUCCUGGGGGCCUGUGGGCUGGGCGUGGGCACCACAGAGGACAGUCCCUGUGCUGGGCUGGCUGGACCAAGGGCAGACUGUGAGGACAGGGCUUGGACAUUCUGGAUGAAGAGCCAGUGGCCUCAGGGCAGAAAUGACAUCUGGGUAACUCAUCAAAAUGUGCCUUCCAGGCUCUGGAGAAAAUCCCUGCCAGGGUCUGGAGGUGGGCCUGAGGGGACAGGGGGCCAGCAAGGAAACAGAAACGGUAGUGAGGUUCACAUGUGCUAACGUUCACAGAUGUCAAAGUCGUCACUCGGCACAAGCCACUUAACAGCUCUGAGCCAAAUUUCAUCGCCGUGCAACCAGUGGUGAAGGCUGGGAUGGGGGAUGCAGUCAGGGUGCCAGCCUGGACUUGGGGGCCAGGGAGAACCCUGAAAAACAGGUAUGGGAAAGGCCUCGGCAGGGCGCUGUCACACACGUUCCUCCUGUUGUUCUUGAGCAGGCCCUGCAUGUGUGCCGGGUGCCGGUGCUGCCCGAGUCCUCACUGUGCGCUUUACGGCAAUGCGCGGCAGGGAAUACACACCUGAUCGGUGUUUAUGAGCUCCACGUUUUCUAGCCUUUGACUUUUACCUUAUCUUUGUCAUUAUAUUUGAAGUGAGUCUCUUACACACAGCAUAUUAAUGGGUGGGGGCUAUCUUUAUCCAAUUUCACAAUCUCUAUGUUUGGAUUGGUAUAUUUACACCAUUACAUUCUAUAUGACUAUUUAUGCAUUUAGACUUUUUUUUUUUUUUGAGACGGAGUU